GCUUGUAAGGCUCGGCGGCGGCUUGGCCGGAGGAAGAAGCGAAGGAGAAGGCAGCGGAGGCGGCGGCAGUGGAAGAGCCGCAGCUGGAGCCGCGGGAGGCGGGGAGGGCGAGUGAGCUGGCUCCCUGGGCGUCCCUCCGGGGCUCCGGCGAGGAGGAUGCACAGCGAAGGCUGCGGCAGCUGUCCCAGGGCUUAUGCAAGUCGGAGAGGGUGCGGAAGAACUCCUUGGCACCUGAGGUUGGCUGGCACACGAUGCUGUGUGAAUAUGUCUGGAUAUGUUUUUCCACCCUUCUCUUUUUGACCAGGAUCUAGUGACUAAAAGGGAAAACCAUAAGGGCUUCAACCAUGGCCCCAAGAAAAAGGAGCGGGCGAGGGAUCUCGUUCAUCUUCUGCUGCUUCCGAAGUAAUGACCACCCUGAGAUCACGUACCGGCUGCGGAAUGACAGCAACUUUGCCCUGCAAACCAUGGAGCCGGCUUUUCCCAUGCCGCCGGUGGAAGAACUGGAUGUUAUGUUCAGUGAGCUGGUGGAUGAGCUUGAUCUUACAGAUAAGCAUAGAGAAGCUAUGUUUGCACUUCCGGCAGAAAAGAAGUGGCAGAUCUACUGUAGCAAGAAGAAGGACCAAGAAGAAAAUAAAGGCGCCACAAGCUGGCCAGAGUUCUACAUCGAUCAGCUUAACUCCAUGGCUGCUAGAAAAUCAUUGAUCGCGCUGGAGAAAGAAGAUGAAGACGAGAGAAACAAAACCAUCGAAAGUCUGAAGACAGCACUGAGGACCAAACCUAUGAGGUUUGUAACCAGAUUCAUCGACCUGGAUGGCUUGACUUGCAUCUUGAACUUCCUGAAGAGCAUGGACUACGAGACCUCAGAGUCUCGGAUACAUACCUCUCUCAUCGGAUGCAUCAAAGCACUGAUGAAUAACUCUCUGGGGAGAGCUCAUGUCCUGGCGCACUCGGAGAGCAUUAAUGUAAUCGCUCAGAGUCUGAGCACGGAAAACAUUAAGACCAAGGUGGCAGUGCUGGAAAUCAUGGGCGCUGUGUGCCUGGUUCCCGGGGGCCACAAAAAAGUGCUGGAGGCCAUGGUGCAUUACCAGAAAUACGCCAGCGAACGGACUCGAUUUCAGACAUUAAUAAAUGACCUGGAUAGAAGUACAGGACGAUACCGGGAUGAAGUGAGCCUCAAGACAGCCAUCAUGUCCUUCAUCAAUGCAGUUCUAAGCCAAGGAGCUGGUGUGGAAAGUUUGGACUUCAGACUCCAUCUGAGAUAUGAAUUCCUCAUGCUUGGAAUUCAACCUGUCAUUGACAAAUUAAGAGAGCAUGAAAAUUCCACAUUAGAUAGGCAUUUAGACUUCUUUGAAAUACUCAGAAAUGAAGAUGAAUUGGAGUUUGCAAAACGGUUUGAGCUGGUCCAUAUAGACACAAAAAGUGCAACCCAGAUGUUCGAGCUCACCAGAAAAAGGCUGACUCACACAGAAGCUUACCCGCACUUUAUGUCUAUCCUUCACCACUGUCUCCAAAUGCCUUAUAAGAGAAAUGGCAACACUGUUCAGUACUGGUUACUGCUGGACCGUAUUAUUCAACAAAUAGUUAUUCAGAACGACAAAGGGCAGGACCCGGACUCGACACCCUUGGAGAACUUUAAUAUUAAAAAUGUUGUCCGAAUGUUGGUGAACGAAAAUGAAGUGAAACAAUGGAAGGAACAAGCAGAAAAAAUGAGAAAAGAACAUCAUGAACUCCAACAGAGGUUGGAGAAGAAGGAACGGGAGUGUGAUGCCAAGGCCCAGGAGAAAGAGGAGAUGAUGCAGACCUUGAACAAGAUGAAGGAGAAACUUGAGAAAGAACUGUCGGAGCAUAAACAAGCCAAACAACAAGUGGUAGACCUCACGGCACAGAUCCACGAACUCAGCAGGAGAGCAAUCUGUGCUCCAGUACCUGGGGGCCCGCCUUUGCCUCCUGGUGCUCCCGGGGGCCCAUUACCUACAGCCGCUUUGGGGUCUCUCCUCCCGGUUCCUCCGCCGCCUCCACCUCCUGGGGGAUUCCUCCCACCACCACCUCCACCACCACCUCCUCCGGGUGGCCCCCCACCUCCUCCAGGACCCCCUCCUCUGGGAGGACUGCCUCCGGCUCCAGGAGCCCCGCUGGGGCUGGGACUCAAGAAGAAAAACAUCCCACAGCCCACAAACGCUCUGAAGUCCUUCAAUUGGUGCAAGCUCCCUGAGAACAAGCUGGAAGGCACAGUGUGGACUGGCAUUGAUGAUGGACGGGUGUUUAAGGUGCUCGACCUUGAAGACCUUGAAAGGACGUUCUCUGCGUACCAGAGGCAGCAGGACUUCUUUGUGAACAGUAACUCCAGACAGAAAGAAGACACCCUCGACGACACGCUGAGCGCCAGGCAUAAAGUCAAGGAGCUUUCGGUUAUAGACGGCCGGAGAGCUCAGAACUGCAAUAUUCUUCUCUCAAGGCUGAAAUUAUCAAAUGAUGAAAUUAAACGUGCAAUUUUGACAAUGGAUGAGCAAGAGGACCUGCCGAAGGACAUGCUUGAACAGCUUUUGAAAUUUGUUCCUGAAAAAGCGGACAUUGACCUCCUGGAGGAGCACAAGCAUGAACUGGACCGGAUGGCUAAGGCUGACAGGUUCCUCUUCGAAAUGAGCAGGAUAAACCAUUACCAGCAGAGACUGCAGUCUUUGUAUUUCAAGAAGAAGUUUGCUGAGAGAGUUGCUGAAGUUAAACCUAAAGUGGAAGCAAUCCGCACCGCUUCCACAGAAGUGUUCCAGAGCAAGAGCCUGAAGCAACUGCUGGAAGUGGUUUUGGCCUUUGGCAACUACAUGAACAAGGGCCAGCGGGGCAACGCCUACGGGUUCAAAAUCUCUAGUCUGAACAAGAUCGCAGACACCAAAUCCAGCAUCGACAAGAACAUCACCUUGUUGCACUAUCUCAUCACCAUUGUGGAAAAGAAAUACCCCAACGUGCUCAACCUGCAUGAAGAGCUGAAGGAUAUCCCUGGGGCUGCCAAAGUAAACAUGACGGAGCUGGAAAAAGAAAUUGGCACUUUGAGGAGCGGCCUGAGGGCUGUGGAGACGGAACUGGAGUAUCAGAAAACCCAGCCUUCCCACCCAGGAGACAAGUUUGUGUCUGUCGUCAGCCAGUUCAUCACGGUGGCCAGCUUCAGCUUCUCAGACGUGGAGGAUCUUUUGUCUGAAGCCAAAGAACUGUUAACCAAGUCCGUGAAGCAUUUUGGAGAAGAGCCGAGCAAGAUGCAGCCGGAUGAGUUCUUUGGGAUCUUUGACCAGUUUCUCCAAGCUGUGAAUGAAGCCAAACAAGAGAACGAAAACAUGAGGAAGAGGAAGGAGGAAGAGGAAAGGCGGGCACGAAUGGAAGCACAGCUCAAGGAGCAGCGAGAGAGGGAGCGCAAAGCCAGGAAGGCGAAAGAAAACAGCGAAGAAGGCGGGGAGUUUGACGACCUCGUCUCAGCCCUGCGAUCUGGCGAAGUCUUCGAUAAAGACCUUUCCAAACUGAAACGCAACCGCAAACGCAUCACCAACCCGCUGGCAGACGGCAGCCGCGAGCGGCCCGUCACAAAACUCAACUUCUGAGCUACCUUGUUUUUCCCAAGUGUGUUUUUAAAAAAAGAAAACUGACUAUUAUCCUGCUGGAGAAAGCCCAGGGUUUUUGGCCUUCUGCCUUGUCAAACAGUGGCACUCUCCCUCUCCCGUUGUGUCUUAAGGCGAGUGUGAGUGUGCCGACAGGCUGUAUUAUAACAAAUUUAGUCGAAUGGGUGCGGAGACGGUGGGAAGUGUGCAGUCUGCCUGCAUGCCUGCUCCCUUUUCUAUCCCUUUUAGUGACUUUCCAAAAGAAAAGAAAACAAUAAGAACCUUCUUGGUUGUCAAAGCACAAAAGUUGGCAAGCGAGACAGGUGGCAAAAGAGAGAGGAGAGCGCUAGGACCCUGUCCAGCAGAAUUCAGAUGCUGAACACAACUACUUACCUGUGCUUGUUGUGAGGCUCUUUUAUAUAAAUAUAAAUAUAUAUAUAUUAAAAAAAACUGUUGGAAAAGCGAAAUCGAGAGGGGGCUGGUGGGAAACACAAGGUGUGUCCAUUGUGCUACAUUACAGAAGGGCAUCUUGAGGUGGAUGAUGGUUGAGAUACCAGCUCUGUUGGAGACGGUGGUGUCAGAAAAGUCCAUUCAAAUGGCUCUUGAAUUAUGUUGCUGGGGAAAUACUUUUUUUGGGGGUUUUUUUCUAUUACUUUUCAAAACUUGAACAUCCCUUGUGAUUGGUGCGUGGUGGUCUCCCUUUGUAUCUCUGUUUUUAAACAAAUCCUCCCAGUUUGGCGGUCACGUCUCCAUUUGUCCCAGCACCUUCAAACGCCUGGGGGAAUUUUGUAAUUGACGCCAGAAGGCAUACAUAGAGUAUGUACAUUUUCUUAGCCGAAGGCCAAGGGGGCAUUGGGGUUGGGGUGGGUGCCUUUGUGUGUACCUCCCUCUCUUUUAAUGGAACAGAAAGGUUUUGUGUUCGUCCUGUUUUUAUUUCCCAUUCCUUGUCCAAUGGGACGCAACUGUAUUCUCUGUAAAUAUAAGUCAGAAUUGGAUCGGGCCAGUUCUGCAUUGCAAAGUUGUCGGAUGUGGGAGUUGGGGGAAAGGGAUAUGCUGGCAACCGAUGGGCAAAAAUCAGAGGCCUUCAGAAGCAAAAUUUGGAAGAUCUUCAGAGGCAAAAUCCCAUGGCCUUCAGGAUGUCCAUAUCCCAAAAGUUGGGUUUUCAAUUUGUCUCUCCAUCACACUAUAUGUGUCUCAGGCCUCCAUCCGUUUACACACUGACAGGAUUGCUUCUGCUCUCCAAAUGGUAAAUCUGGAUAUUAAGGUGGCAGAUUUUGUCCAUAUCCAUGAACCUCAGCAAUCCAGAAAUUGCAGUUGAUGAACCAUGGGGUUAUUUGGUUGAGUGGUUUCACUUAUUCCGUCUUAAAUCUGUGCAAAACCCAUCCCCAAAAUUAGAGCCCCGUUAUCUCAAAAUGACAUUGUUGGAGAUGGGCUUCUAUACAGUGUUUCACAAGGGACCUGGAGUCCAAGAGGAAGGAUUUUGAGACCUAAUUUAUAGUGCAAAGUAGCAAAGCCAAGGAGGGAGAAUCUAUUCUUGAAAAAAUUGUGUUGCUGUUCUCAUUUGUCUUGCGGAUUUGUAAGCAGAUCUACCUGUCAAGAUGUUGAUCCAAAACCUACUAAGCCCAGAUUUGCUCAGGGAGUCAUUAAUAAUUUAAAGAAGAAAAAAUAGUAAUGCAGAAAAAAAUUGGAAAAAAAAGUUUUAAAAAAUGCCAAUUUUAUAGCCUGGCUUAAUAUUCUUAAAUUAUAGAGAAUAUAGAUGACUGUUACUUUUGUUUUGCUUUGCUUUGCUUUUAUUUAUUUGUGGUUUUACUCUUUUAAGUGACUUUUAUCCCAUCAUCGUUCUGUUGUAAUCUGGAAAAAAAAAGAAUGAGGUUUAUUAUUUUUUUCUCCCUUUUCUUGUGGAGAUUUUGAGUUCUGUCCCUCUUGCACUAGAUAGUUGAUGUUGUUUGCAAAAAUGUGGGUUUUUUUAUUUUUGUGGGAGGAGAAGGGGUUUGGGAGGGUCUUGUAAAGGAUAUGAACGGGUGGGGAAUUGGAAUGGAACGGCAUUUCUUUUUUCCUCUGUGUGUACUGUACAGCAAAUGUGUGGUUUAUAUAAAAUACAAGUUUGUACAAAAGGCAGGGAUUUCCCCUCAUCCCAACGCAAUGUAAAAGCUGUGAAAAAUCACACUACCGAGAGCGAUGCGAGUGUGUGUAUGUGUGUGCAUAGUUGUGUGUGUGCGCUUUAUUCUCUUAUCGUGGUUUUGUUUGUCUUGAGUACAGUUUCUCCAUUGCACCGCUUAGGCAGGUGGCUCUUCAAGUAGCUGGUAAGUGCAAAUACUCAGUUACAACACUUUGCCUCAACACAAAAUAAAUGAGUUGAUCGUAACUGUUACUUACUUAAACUAAAGUGCCUCUCGUAUAUAUAUGAUAGCUGGAGGAAAUUGGGUCGGGUACAAUUUUAGGGUAUAAAUAAAAGUCCAGGCUGUUCAGUUUGAGCUGAGAUCAGAACACAACAAGCUGCAAACGCAGCAAUAUUUUGGAUUUGAAAAGAGCAGGAACAAUAUUCAGUCCAGAGGUUGGAAAAGCAAAGUUUUCCUCAUUCCUAUAAUCCCACAGACAGAUUCCACCUAAACAUUUUAAAAAACCUCCUCUAAUAAGAGUUUUGAGGAGGUAAAAUAAAAAAAAAUGCUUUUCCAUAUUUUGUUUCAAUCUGGCUAAGGAAUCUAACAGAUCUAGAGAUUCAAAAAUUCCACAGCUUUCUGUGCCCAUUCAUGAUCUGCUGGAGAUGCCUUGUAUUUGAGGAGAUUAAGGCUAUUGAUCAAUUGUUUGAGCUAUCCAAAUAUUGCUCCUAGAAGUACACUAAAUACAGGGGGUCUGUUUCCCACAAUUUUUAAUAAAAUGUUGGCCAUAGAGAGAAAGCAAGAGGACUGCCAUCUGAUAGAAAGCAGCACUAAUCCCUAUUGGGAGUGUUGUUCAUUUUGGAUUGACUGAGCCAAGGUUGAUGAGAUAGGGUUGUAAUUCUCCACAUUUCUCUGUCUGGUGGGUGGGAAUCAUAGGAGUCCCACAACAUCUGGGAAUAAGAUUUCCAGUCCCUACCUUGGCCCUAUCAAUAUCAAUAAAAAGUUGCAAAGCAAGCAGUUUUAACCACCCCAUUGGAAACAAGGCUGGAACAUUUAGGGAUGCAACCAUAUGAAGGACCAUCCAAGGGUCCUCAUGAACCUCUCCAAAAUAAAUAACACUGAUUGAACCAUGAGGUUGUAUGGAUUAGAUUUUGAAGGUCCUCUUGCACUGCUCAUGGUUGACCUGCUUAAAACCAUCCAUAAGUUAACACAGAGAUUCCUCUAGACUCAGGGGAUGCAGGUACAUCCAAGUAUAUAUCACAGUAAUCCAUUCAAGGAUCUCAACUCAAAACUCCAAUGUUCGGUGCGUUUGGUGUCAACUUGGGUCUUAGCCGAAUACUAUUUCUGCUCUACAAAACCUGAAGAAAUGUUGAAAGGUGAGUUUGGGUUUGCUCUGCAAAAUGGAUCACCGACUCUCGCUGGAAUCCGAUGCUGUAACAGAUUGCAAAUUGGUGGAAGCAGGGCAUUGGUGAAAACCGUUCCUUGUGCUUCUGGACCAUGCAGAUGUCACAACAAGCCUUGCCAUUUCUUUUGAGUUCUGUCUUUUCUGAAACGAGACGUCUAUGUGCAAAUACAUUUUAUUCCAUGUGCCAUUUGUUGCAAAUUACAUUACGACCGGUGCUGGUGGAAGUAGCCACUCUUCUUUGUUUGUUUGUUUCCUCUCUGUGUCUCUCCUGGAUGUGUAAUUUUUACAAAAAAAAAGUUUUUGUUUUUUAAAAUUCAUGCCAAAAAAGAAAAAGGAAAAAAAGACAAAAAAAGGUGAUAGUUUGUUAACUGAAGUAUACUAAUGUAGCGUAGUGGUAGCAAACUGUGUAGUGGUGCCCAGGUGCAAGGAAUGUUUUUCUAGGUAGCAGGAAAUGCUCUGUAUGUUAUGAGACUGUACAUUUUUUUAAAAAAAGACAGUAAUAUGCAAUAAAGAGUGUACAUAACAACAUUCA